UAUGCAUGUAACUUAUGUUGCGUAGAAAGUAGUUUGUUCGCUGAUAGUCCUUCUCAAAGCUUUAUAAGCGAUCAACGCGAGAUCCAAGUCUCUUCAAGUACACUUUGGCGUGACGUUGACUGUAAAAUAACCGAACAUUCAUUUAUUGGAUCAGCAUGGACGUGAACGCUGUGGCUGUCCUCGGAUCAUUCCUUGCCUUGAUGGUUCUGGCGCCAUCUACAGCGCUACCCGCAGGGAAUAGCUUGAAUAACAAUGCACUGAGCGCCGCCAAACGACCCAAGUACAUGGACACACGGGACGAGUUCGAUGUUUUGAAGGACACGGUUUACGUCGCAAUAAGAGAGUUGGUCCAGGAAGGGCGAUUAAGCAGUGCUAUCCUGGACGGCGCCAAGAAGCCCAUGGACAAGCGGGCGUAUAUGGGCAUCUGCAUGAAGAGAACCCAGAACAACGAGUUCUUCCCAGUGCCCUGCAUUCGAGACUACAAGUGAAUGUUGCGGUGAAAUAGUCCCAGGACAUCGUAUUAACCUGUACAUGUACUUAACUCUGAUGUGUCUCUCCUUUGUUUCCGUUUGACAUGCCAUAAUUAAAACUCACACACUGUGAAUUUAAAUUCUCUGGACAGAAAACAAAAAUGGAAUCCAGUGUGUUGCUAUUAACUACAGAAUAAAUAUUAAAUAACAUUUUUGCAGGCCAAUGAGCGUAAGUCACCAGGAACCAUCUUGUUUGACGCCAUUUUGUUUGACGCCAUUUUGUUUCACAAGUCAACUAGUAACUUUACCUGCAAUUUUUCUUUUAACGAAUGUGAUUCUGGUUGUGUGGGUUUUUUUCUAAUACUGGUACGCAGACUUAAAUAUUACACGUAUUUGAUAAACAAAAUAAUCAUUUUUAAAAAUCCACUUUUUGUGUAUUAUUUACAAAUUCUUAACAAAAUAUUGAAAAUAAUAUUUCUUCAAAUAGACUGAAGCUAGCUGGAUACGUCUGCAACGAUCAAAUGAUAAAAGCGUAGUAUUUUGAAUGUUUAGAAUGAUUUUUUUAUUAGAUAUUUUUGUAUGACUUACUUUAAACGACAUGGUUAAAGAAUUAAAUAAAUUAAAAUAAUAAUGGAUAUUGCUAUUCAUACACUUGACAUCUAUAGGUUAUUCAUGCAUAUCACAAUACAGUUUAUUUGAUUAUUUAUUACAUGUAUAUAUCGCAUAGCAUCUUGUAUAAUAAGAACUUUUAUUAGCUACAUUACUUCUCAAUGAUCAGUGUCAGUCAAGGAAAUUUAUUAUGUUAAGUAGGAAUAUUCAGGGGAGGGUCAUUAAUAAAAUAUCUCUUUUCUUUUAAUAUCAGUAUUCCAUUUAUGUUCUCACUGUUAUAUCUCUACAACGUAAAUAAAAAUCUCCAACUAA